UGACCAAUGCGUUUAAGCGUGAAUCGAACCUAUUGAACACGAAAGGACGACCAUUUGGCAAACAUCUGGAAUCACUUGACGUGGUAAACGGAUCACGAGUAAAACUACCUUGUCAAAUUGGUUUGAAACUAAGCAACGCGGACUUCACCAACAUAUCGUGGGUGAAAAUGCCUCGACGAAUUCUCACUCGCGGAGUUCUGCGUGUCACUCGCGACAGUCGGAUUCAUCUGGUGCCUCGCUCGACGGACAGCUCCACAGAAUUCCCACUUUUCAUCAAUUCAGUUGGAGAACAGGAUGCCGGAGAAUAUCGGUGCAUUUUCCAAUAUGGUGAUGUGUUGCAUCACAAAACAGUCAUUUUGGUCAUAAAAGUCCCACCUCGUCUUGAAGAACGACCGCCUUCUCUGCUUGAAGCCGACGAAGGAAACAAUCUGCGUCUAUAUUGCAAUGCUUCUGGCUCACCGCCACCGAAACUACGGUGGUGGGUAAUGCUUGACUCAAUCACCGACAGUAAACCUGGGUCAAGUUUAACCUCCUGGAAUGAAUCGGAUGCCUAUGGUUGGGCUUCAUUUGAACCUGUAAAUGAAACACAAGGAAUCCCAUAUUCCGAUCGGGGAAGUUUGAGGCCGAUUGAGACAGUAUUAUCCCAGUUCAAUAACA